AUGGAAUGACAAUCGACAAUGUCAUUUCGAUAACUCCCUUUCAAAGUUUUGUCCUUGUUAUAAAUUCCUGUUCGAGAAAUGGCCGAAGAAGAACAGCCUCCUACAAUAUCGGAAAUAGAACCUCCCUCAGUACCGCAAGAUGAAGAAGUUGAAGUUAACAAAGCCCAAGGGUUGAAUGAAAAUUUCUUCUACAACACUAUGCUUGCUCGAGCUCUUCUGCAGAUUCUACCUAAUAGAGAUAGGAAGAGUGUCAAAAACUGGUUGGAUAAACUGGCAGAUAUGGAUCAAAAUGAUGAUGAAAUAACUCUCAGACAUGAAUACAUGUGGUUCUUACUUCUGAUGAUGGAAACGAGGAAGAUCAGAGAACCGUUCAACAUGUUACCCCCAAAAGAUUUGGUACCGCUAAAGGAUGCCGUUCCUACCAACGUGUACGAAGAAGUUCUUUUGUGGAACGAUCAGACUAGUUUCUCAUCAGAAAAGGAACAUGAUACUAAAGCAGAGACUCUGUCUGAGAAAGGUCCACCUGUUAAGACCUCUUCGCCUGCUAAAUUCAUCGAGAAUAAUCCAUGGCCAAAGCAGGGAGUCGUUUGCUACUUAGCUGCUUUCAGUGAUCGUGAUACUUAUUGAUAAUUAUGUGUUUGAAUACCUAAUGGAAAAUAAAUAUUUAUGAAUGAA